GAAGUUCAUAUAUCCAUCAAUACAAGCCAAAAAUCAUUAAGAUUUUUUAUUUACAUUAUGAAUCCUUGUGUUUUUAUAAUUUUCUCACUUCUCUUGCUCCUCCUUGUGACUGCAACUGCCAGCCAAUUAGGAGGAAAUGAUAGAAAUAUGAAAACGUGUUUGGAUAAUGAGAGACAUGCUCUCCUUCUUUUCAAAGCCCCCCUUCAUGACCCCAAUGAUACUCUCUCUACAUGGAGAGCUGACCAACACGACUGCUGUAAAUGGAAUGGAGUCACAUGCAACACCCAAACAGGUCAUGUCACAGAGCUUGAUAUCAGAAACCAUGAUCUUGGAGGUGAGAUUAGCCAUUCGUUGCUUAACUUAACCUACUUGAAUACUCUUGCUCUUUCCUUCAAUUCUUUUAAUGGAACCAUUCCCACCUUCAUUGGUUCUUUGAGUCAAUUAACUUACCUUGACCUUUCCGAGAACUCUCUUUAUGGAACAAUUCCUCCAGAGUUUGGAAACCUCACCAACUUGCAAGAGCUUCAUCUUGAUUCUGUUGGAAGGUGUAGAGUGGAAAAGGUAGAGUGGUUGUCUCAUCUCUCUCAGUUGGAGGUACUUGUAAUGGAUGGGGUUUCCCUGUCCAAAGCAAAUCAUUGGGUAGAUGUAAUUUCAAGUCUCCCAAAACUCUCAUGGUUAAGUUUACAGAGAUGUGAGCUGUCACAGGUGAUGUAUCCAUAUUCUUCAUUUCUCAACUCUUCUUCUUCAUCUAUUGUUAAGCUUUUUCUCAAUGACAACAAUCUCACCUCAUCCAUGUAUCGUUGGUUGUCCCCAUUAACCACCAAUAACCUCCUUUCUCUUGAUCUCUCUGGCAACAUGUUAGAUGGGAUACCCAAAUAUUUUGGUAACCUCUGUAGUUUGGAAUAUUUGGUAUUUUAUAAUAACUCUGCUGUUGUCAAAUUUCCUGAUUUUCUCAACAACUUGUCUGGAUGCACAUCGCUUUCAUUACAAUCCUUGCAUGCUGUGGAAAGCCAAUUUGCAGGGUCAUUGUCCGAUGAGAUCCAAAAGUUUUCAUCCCUAUAUUCUUUGGACCUUUCUCAUAAUCACUUAAAUGGAAGUAUAAGUGAGAAAUUGUGGGAACUACCCAUGCUUGAAAUUGUUAUUGUUUCCUUUAAUAAUCUUACAGUUCCUUCCACACAUCACUUGUCAAACAUCUCUUAUGUUAAAUAUCUUGAUCUGAGCUCUUGCAAGCUGUUAGGACCCCGCUUCCCCAAAUGGGUUCAGACAUUAAAAAAUCUUAACCGUCUUGAUCUUUCCAAUACUGGAAUUUCAGACACAAUUCCUCUUGAGUUUUGGGACAUGUGGCCUUCUCAAUUAGAAUAUCUGAAUCUCUCUUUUAACAACAUUAACGGUAAAGUACCAGAUUUAUUAUCAAAUUUUGCUGACUAUUCAGUGAUAGAUUUGAGUUCGAACAACUUUAAUGGCCAAAUACCAAAGCUCUCUUCCGCUUUGGCAACAUUGGAUCUUUCCAGAAACAAAUUCUCUGGAAGAAUCUCCUUUAUAUGUCAAAUUGUUGAUGGGUGGUUAGAAUUUCUUGAUCUCUCUCAUAACUCAUUCAUCGGACAACUCCCGGACUGUUUGUGGCAUUUCAAAGACCUAAGAGUUCUCAAUCUCGGACACAACAAUCUCUUUGGAAGUCUUCCUCCCUCUAUUGGAUCUUUGAUACAACUCCAGGUGUUGUAUUUAUACAAGAACAACUUCUCUGGAGAAUUGCCUUUGUCUUUAAAAAAUUGCACGAGUUUAAUCUCGUUGAAUUUGGGAGCCAACAAGUUUUAUGAUAAUGUGCCAGUCUGGAUUGGGGAAAACUUAUCAGGUUUGUAUGUUCUUAUACUAAGAUCAAACAACUUCUUUGGAACCAUCCCUUUAAAGUUAUGUCAGUUAGCUAGUCUUCAGAUUUUAGACAUGUCAAUGAACAAUCUCCAUGGAACCAUCCCAUCAUGUUUGAGUAAUCUUACGAGCAUGGUCCACCAAGGAACAUUCUCACAAGAUGAAGAGAUUCAGAUAUCAUAUUUACCAGGGCCAUAUGUUGACCAUGCGAUGAUUGAGUGGCAAGGAGAUGAACGUGAAUUCUUUAGCACUCUGAAAUUGUUGAAGAGUAUUGACCUGUCAAGCAAUAAUUUAACAGGACAAAUCCCGUAUCAAAUUACCAAUCUUUCUGACUUAAUUUCCCUCAACUUGUCAAAGAACGCUCUAUCAGGAGAGAUCCCACAAAAAAUUGGUGAGAUGAAAAAGCUUUUGACAUUGGAUUUAUCACAAAACAAUUUCUCAGGGCAGAUACCAUCAAGCAUGUCUCAGAUGAGUUUACUGAAUUACCUAGACUUGUCAUUUAAUAACUUGUCAGGGAGAAUCCCAACAAACACUCAGCUCCAGUCCUUUCAACCUUCAAGAUAUGUUGGAAACAGAGGACUAUGUGGACCUCCCCUUACCAAAAAAUGUCCUGGAGAUGAAGAAUCAGAAGCAACAUCGGUGAUUGGUAAAAGUGAGGGUGAUGGGGAAGACACAGAUGAUGAACUCGAACUCUGGGGAUGGUUUUAUAUUGGUGGGGGCAUGGGUUUUGCUACUGGAUUUUGGAUGGCAUGUGGGGCUUUACUUCUCAACCGUCGUGGGAGACAUGCAUUUUUUCAGUUUUAUGAUUAUGUGAAGAUGGUUGUGCUCACUGCAAAUUUGCAAAAGGCUAGGCAGACAUAGUUUGUAAUCUAAUUUUUUAUUUUGUCUUCUUAUUUCCCAGUGUACAAUGUAAAUUGCCAGUGGUUUUUAAUCCCCCAAUAUCAACAAAUUUGCCACUUAACACCAUGGGUGGUCA